UGUUUCUGAAUACAGCCCAAGUGUGAGGGUGCAGCCACCGGACAGCUUUUCUUUGCGCGGUGUGGAUCUGGCCUUGUGUAAGCACUUUUCUUAUAAUUGUUUCAGAUCUGAAAGUCACGUCGUCUAUCGUUACCAAGAAUUUCUUGAUAAGUGUUACUCUCAAAAUGAUCAGAUAGAAAUAAGCCGUGCGGCAGUGAAAGCGUUGUGCACAAUCUUACUGUUUUUGUGACGAAAACUUUUGUAUUGAAGACAUGACUCCUCUUAAGUUUAUGUUUAGUGCUUACAAUGGCAAUGACGCUCAGCAGGUUCUUGAAUCAACGAUGAUAAUAGAUGUUGGUGUUGCGUCUGGCAGCGAGGGAGAGUAAGAGGGCGCGGCGCGAGCACCCGCACGCGCAGCACGGGCAACGCGCGGCAAGCUGUGCACGUGUGGCCACUGCGAGGUGUGGUUGGAAGUGCGUGCUGCUCCCGCCACUGCCUGUGACAAGAUAAAGUGACUAUAUGAAAAAAAAAAUAUCAAAGAAAUCGAUAAAUAAUUUAGCGUAGUGAAAUUGGAAAGUGAAACAAACUGGGAAAAAGGGAGGGAAAAUUGAAAAAAAAGGAAAAAAAAAAACGAAGUGCAGGAAGGACGAGAGCAUCGGAUCGUGAACUGAAACCAAAAUGAACAAGUGACGGUCGCCUCAGCGUGCCUUUUGGGGGACUGGUGACCUUUGUGAUUGAUACUCAUAGCAAGUGACCUUUUUACCUGGUGACCUCCGCGUGCCUGGUGAUGGUCCUCUUCCCCGGCAGCGGCUGACCAACAGAGUAGACAUGCCUGGCGGGGUAGUUACCGUCGCUACCACCAGGGCGCCGCUACUGCUGCUCCUGGGCUUCGUAUUGCACGCAGGUGCAGGAUGCGAGUGGGGUGAAGCGGAGGAGCUGCGUCGCUUCGUCAGAGUCAGAGAGGAUGCAGAGGUGGGGCACAUACUCUUCGCUAUCAACGCUUCACAUCCCAAUCUUCUGAGCCUCGCCCCGCUGGCCCAGGAGCCUGACGGGGUGUUCCAGGUGGUGGCGGAGGAAGGGCAAGGCAAGGUGGUGGUGGCGGCACCUCUGCAACCUCUCGUGUUGGGUCCCUCGCCUGUUAUUAAGAUGAUCCUCACGUGUAGUAAUAAUACGGUGUCCGUGCCCGUGACUGUGUAUGUUGACGAUGUGAAUGACCACGCGCCGGUCUUCCUAGCUGAAAAUAUUACAGUUACUGUUGACGAACUUACUCCAGUCGGCCUCCCGAUUCUUCCGGCGAUAGGGACGAGUGACGCCGACCGCCCCAACACCGCGAACUCCGAGGUGGAGGUGCAGAUCGUGAAGGGCAACGAGGAGAGUUACUUCACCCUGGCCGACAGGAAGCGCGGGACGGUGACUCUGGCGAGGAGUUUGGACUACGACGCGGGGCCGAAAAGCUUCCUGCUGGAGGUGGUGGCCAAGGACAUGGGCACGCCAGCACUCAGCUCCUCCAGCACCGUCAAGAUAGUGGUGCUCGAUGCUGACGACUUGCCUCCUCUCUUCAGCCACCCUCGCUAUUACGCCAGGCUCGCCGAACACCCGGGUGCUGAUCCUGGCGUGAGGGUGUUGCAGGAGGUGGACGUGCUGCCUGAUGGCCUUCGUGCAGUUGACGGGGACGUUGGGCAGAACACCUCCGUCCGCUAUUCGUUGGUUGACACUCCCGCCUCCAGUCUGUUCUCCAUCGACCCUGUGUCCGGGCGGCUGUUCCUCACCUCCCACCUGGACCGGGAGAAGCUCUCUGAUCCCUCCCUCACCCUGCAUGUCAGAGCCGAGCAGGUGGACGACGCGAGGAAGGUGGGGUCGAGCGUGGUGGUGGUGGAGGUGCAGGACGUGAACGACAACCUGCCUCGCUUCUCUCAGGACGUGUAUUCCGUAUCCAUCAUAGAGAACCUGCCCACCUCCUUCAGCGUGAUGCAGGUGGCAGCCGCUGACCCUGACGAGGGCGUGAAUGGUGCCUUCAGCUACCAUCUAGUGGGCGGCAGCGGCUCCUUGGCCAUCAACCCGCAUUCUGGCUGGCUGACGGUGGCGAACCAAAGCAUGCUGGAUCGAGAGGAGAACCCAGUCAUCCAUCUCAGGGUCUGCGCGGAUCAACUGGCGCCCUUAGCUGCUCGAUCCGGCCGUGCCUACAUUCCUGCGCUGAUAGAGGAACCUUGGACGCCCACAGAGACACCCAAGACCGUGGUGGAAACUGAGACACCUGCGGAAGAGCUUGAGGUAACUACAGAGGUGGUCAUCCCGACGGAGUACUCGGAAGCCUUGGAGGGAUUCACGGAAGCCACGACCCUUCAAGAUGACGCUGGUGAGACUACGACCACCCAAGAGACGACCACUACUGAACUACCAGAGACAACGGUGGUGGAGGGCCUCUAUGAUGAUGUCCCCACUCUCGUCACGGCCCCCUUGCUGCGGGAGGUGGGCAGGCCGAGGGUCAGAACAAGGGCACGAGCCUCCACCUCCACCGUAACGCCGCCGAAGAGGAGGUCCCUGAGGCAGAGGGUUCCGUUACAUAGCAGGCGAAGACGAGCGAAGAGGAGCAGUGAGGGUCUUCAUGGCGGGUACUCCUCGCUGACUAAGAGAGAGACUACUGCAGGAGUGAUGCGAGAGGGAGGCUUUGGGGCAAGACUGGAGGAGGAGAACGUGCGCGUGCUCCUGAGGGUGCAAAGAAUCGAUCCCACUUCAGGCAAGGAGACUCCAGAAGACGAUAGAACUCACCCUGAAGAUACAGUCUCGCCGCCACCACCUGAGGCUACCCAGGGACACUCACGGCACAGACCACCGACAGGAGCCUACCAGUGGGGUGAGACGCGGCGCAGGGGGCACAGGUCCACCAAUGCCACGCAGGAGGAAGCAGCGCCGGUGCCCCAGUCAUGGUCGUGCGCCAUGAUCGAGCUUAAUCUUCUGGACGCCAACGACAAUAACCCAGUGUUCCUGCCGAGCAACCAGUACGCCUUCACCAUCACGGAGAACGCGCAGCAGGGGGACCUUAUUGGCACGGUCACAGCAGAAGACGCUGACGAAGGCAACAACGGCCUGGUGAGGUACAGGAUACAGACUCGAGAGAACAGCACCAAGGACACCGCCGUCAGGAGCGUGGCCGUGGGAGAGGAAGACGGCGCCCUUACACUGAAGGAGAGCCUUCCCCCCGGCCUGCUGACGGUGCUGGUUGAGGCCUCGGACAGUCCCUUGAACCCCUCGGAGACACGCACGUCCCUGGCGGUAGUGACGAUCAGCGUCAAGGCGACACACUCCUGGGAGCCGCGGUUCGAGGGGGCGCCCUUUGAGCUGUGGGUGGGCGGCGAUGCUCCCGUGGGCACCAGCGUGGGCCAGGUGCGGGUGGUGGACAUGCCGGGCCCCGAGCUGCUGUUUGACAUGUUCCACAGUUAUCCUGAAGGAGUGCCCUUCGCCAUCGAGGAGACGUCUGGCAUCGUGUCCGUGGUGAACCCUCUCAGGAACUACUCCCGCUCCUCUUAUGAGUUCGAGGCGGUGGUGACGGACGGCCGAGACUCCCUCGCCACCAACCUGACCAUCAACGUGGCGCCCACCCGCAGGCCAGGCUCCAGGAGGGACACUGUGUUGCACUUCUACAUACAGGAGAACUUGUCUGGCGGCGUGGUGGGGGACGUCGUGGCGGCUCUGCGGAACAUCGGCGUGCGGGUGCCUCCUGAUCCGCAACUAGAACUCGUCAGUCCAGAGGCUCGUAAAUACUUUGCGCUGGCCCAGGACGCGACGCUGUACACGGUGGCGCCGCUGGACUACGAGACGCACAACAACCACACGCUGGUGGUGAUGAGCGCCAGGACCUCAGACAUCUACUACGUGCAGGUCCAGGUGGAGGACGUGAAUGACAACGCCCCGCAGCUGAACGCCGUCAGCUACUCCGGCAUGGUGAGGGAGGAUGCGCCUCCAGGCACGCCCCUCACCCUCAGCCCCGCUGUGCAGGUGAUUGACAGGGACCAGUACGAAGGUUCCUCCUUUGUACUGGAGUUGUCUGGCGACGCCUCCUCCAUCUUUUCCAUCGACUCCUCCAGCGGCACCAUCUACUUCGUGGGGCAGAAGCUGGACAGGGAGGUGACUAGCUCGUACUACCUGGUGCUGGUGGCGCGCGAUGACGGGAACCUCACCUCCACCGCCAAUCUCACCAUCCACGUGCAGGACGUGAACGACAACGCACCCAAGUUCACGCAGAGGGAGCCGCUGUUCUCGGCCAAGGAGGGGGUGGGCGAGGACAGAUCCAGGAGACUACCAGACACCUCCGGUCUCGAGCAUCUGGCGGACUUGGAGAGGUCACUCAUCCGAAUCCCUGAGUCUCUCCCCGUCGGCAGCCGCGUGACGCAACUCUCCGCCACGGACGAGGACGACAAGACUUUUGGAGACAUUCGUUAUGCCAUCGAGUCCGAGAAGUCGUUCGGAUUCUCCACGGGCGAGGAAAAGCGGUUCAUGAUAGAGACUAACAAGUUCUCUGUGGAGGCCAAGACGGGCGUGCUGGUGGUGGCCGGUAAGCUGGAGCCCAACCACUUCUACUUGGUGAACGUGUCGGCCACUGACGGAGGCGGCUUGUCCUCACACUCCGUGGCCGCCAUCGCUGUGUUUGACAUCAAUGACCACACGCCGCGUUUUGAGCGUCCCGUGUACAACUUCGAGGUGGUGGAGGGCGACUACCUGGUGGGAGAGGUGGGCAAGGUGGCGGCUUACGACCACGACUUGGGGGAGAACGGCGAUGUUCGUUAUGAAAUCAUCCUGUAUGGAAACGCGAGCCAGGACCACGUGUUCCCCUUCAGACUUGACGAGACGACGGGCGCUAUCCUCACCACGGGUUCGGUGGACAGAGAGGAGCAAGACGCGUACGAGUUCUCAGUGAUAGCCUCGGACAGUGGGCGGCCGCGGCUCUCCUCCUCCGUCAUGGUUCACAUUGAUAUCAUAGACAUCAACGACCACCACCCAGUGUUUUACGGCUACCAGGAUGUGGUGCAGCUUCCAGACACUCCUGAAGACUACCCUGAGAACCACGCUGACGCCAUCCCGGUAUAUUUAGCUGAAGUCUCUGAAAAAGCCCCGAAAUUCACAACAAUCACUCAAGUUUACGCCAACGACUCGGACUCCAGCUCUUCAGGAAAUGGUCUCGUCUUGUAUAAAUUGGAAGGCGGUGAGGACAAAUUUGCUAUAGACUCAAAGAACGGGUCAGUGUACACCAUUGGACCGCUGGACUACGAGCGAUGGGCCGAAUACGAUCUGACAGUGGUGGCUCAGGACCUGGGCACCCCGCCACUCACCGCCUCCGCCCUCCUGAAGAUCAUGGUGGUAGAUGUGGAGGAGGAGCUGACCACUAGACUCUUUGAACGGGAGGAAUAUCAGGUGGCUGUCAUGGAGAACAACGACACGCCGCUACUGCUGUUGGACCUGAACGUGACGGAGAGCGCGUUCCGCCACCCUCACUUCCAGCUGGUGGCGGCGGAGGAGCCAGAGGUGGUGGCGGUGGACGCGGCCUCGGGCAAGGUGUUCUUGGUGGCUAGCCUGGACAGGGAGGCUAAGGACACCUACCACUUCAAGAUAAAGGCCGAACAAACGCCACACGGAGUCGCACCAUUGCAGCUGCCAGAGUACACUAUCACCUCUGCCGGUACCUCUGUCAUCCGCGCCGCUCAGUCUCUUCCUCUCAAGUCAAGACAGAAAGAAGAAGCUGCAGGAACCUCCCUCUUCUUCCUGAACUUCACAGACUACGAGGAGGAUCUGAAGGCGUUGCUGAAGGUCCCCGCUGAGGUGGUGCCCCUGGGUAGUUACCUGUCCCCCAUCCCAGCCACCAGUGCCAGGCCCCCAGUUCGAAUCCUCCAGGUCUCAGACAGCACCCGCUCUAAGCCCGUGGAGGAGCUGGGGCUGGACGAGGUGUGGGUGACGGUAGUGGUGGAGGAUCAGAAUGAUAACCCACCCAUGUUUAUGCCUCACGGGCGCCCCAUAGUUGCCGCCAUCCCCCGCCACCGCCUCUUACGGGCAGUUCGUGACAAGGAUCGUGACUCACGAUCCUGACCUGGGACUCAACGGCAAGGUGCGCUAUGAGAUCCUGCCGGGGGAAGGUGCUAGGGAGGCACUCACGAAGUUCACAGUGGACCCUGCUACCGGCCAGGUGGUGGUGGUUGGGACGCUUGCCGAGGACGCAGGGCGGAUGUUUGGUCUUGACGUGCGGGCCACAGACAGGGACGGGGACACUACCGGUCGCUCCGCCAUCGCCAAUGUGUUU